UGUGUUGCCCACAGCGGGCGUUUGGUCUUGACGGGCGAGCUGCAGGGCGGAGGGGCGCCUAGCCCGCGGAGGGAUACAGCAGGCUGGAAACUUCAAGCAAAAUGUCUUCUGAAACGUUCAGUCUGGUUGCACAAUCAAGGUUUGAUCCAAAAUGGCUGAAGACAGAUUUGCAGCUUGCAUUCACACGAGAUGGAUUUUGCAGCCUGUGGAACGAGAUGGUGAAAGAUGGCGAGAUUGUCUUCAUGGGGACAGAAUUUUCACAGAGUGUAGAACUUCCAUCAAGGAAAGAUGAUGUUAAUGAUGCCCAAAACAGUUCAAAAAAGGAAGAUCAAAAUGACAAAGAGAAAAAAGAUGAUGAUGAUAUUCCUUUACCAAACUACAAGGCCAAAACUAUUAUGGACAGCUGGGUAUGGGGAAGACAACCAGAUGUGAGUGAGCUGAAGGAGUGCCUAUAUGUACUUGUAAAGGAGCAGCAAUCACUUGCAACACAGACUGCCACAACCACGCUUUCUGCCACGAGACUAAAGCAAAGGCUGGUGAUUCUGGAGCGAUACUUUAUUGCACUGAAUAGGACUGUUUUUCAGUACAAUGUCAAAGUGAAGUGGAAAAGUAGCAAUGUCGCUGUGCCUCCUUCAGAAAAGAAAAGUGAGGACAAUUUUGAGCAUACCUUUCAUGUACACAGCUCACGUCCUGUUGGCCAGGGGGUGGAAGGUCUUGCCAGAGUUGGCUCCAGAGCUGCACUAUCCUUUGCAUUUGCAUUCCUGCGCAGAGCGUGGCGUUCUGGUGAGGAUGCAGACCUUUGUAGUGAACUGUUACAAGAAUCUCUUGAUGCUCUGAGAGCACUUCCAGAGGCCACACUUUUUGAUGAAGGCACAGUUUCCUCUGUUUGGCUUGAAGUUGUUGAGAGAGCUACCAAAUUUUUAAGGUCUGUUACAGGUGAUGUCAAUGGUGCUCAAAGUCCCAGAGGUCCUGGAAACAUUCCACUGCAAGAUCAGCAUUUGGCACUAGCCAUUUUACUUGAACUGGCUGUACAGAGAGGUACCCUAAGCCAAAUGCUGUCUGCUGUUAUGCUGCUACUUCAGCUCUGGGACAAUGGAACAAGGGAAACAGACAAUGACUGGUCAGCCCAAGGAACCAGCGCACCUCUCCUCCCUUUGUUACAGAGGUUCCAAAACAUUGUGUGCAAUAAAGAAGUUCAGAAUCUGGAGAAAGUUCAAAUACUCUCUUCGCCUUUGAGCCCAAAUGAAAGCUUUCUGAGGUAUCUGAUUUUACCUCAGGACAAUGAGCUGGCUAUCGACUUGAGGCAAACUGCAGUUGUGAUCAUGGCACAUCUGGAUCGCCUAGCUGCUCCAUGCAUGCCUCCCCAGUGCAGCUCGCCAACGUCACACAAGGGCUCCCUACAGGAAGUUAUCAGUUGGGGUUUAUUGGGAUGGAAAUAUUAUGCUAAUGUGAACGGCCCGAUUCAAUGUGAAGCUCUCUCUAAUCUUGGUGUCGUACAGAUUGCUUGUGCGGAGAAGUGUUUUCUAAUUCUGUCUAGAAAUGGCAAAGUAUACACUCAGGCUUACAACAAUAAUACACUGGGACCACAGCUUGUGCAAGGUCUUUCUUCUCGCAAUAUUGUGAAGAUUGCGGCACACUCUGAUGGGCAGCAUUAUCUGGCGUUAUCUGCUGCCGGUGAAAUCUCCUCCUGGGGUUGUGGUGAUGGUGGGAGAUUGGGCCAUGGGGAUACAGUGUCACUAGAGGAGCCAAAGCUGAUAUCUGCCUUGUGUGGGAAGCAGACAGGAAAGCAGAUUGUCCACAUUGCUUGUGGAAGCACGUAUAGUGCGGCAAUCACAGCUGAAGGAGAGUUGUACACGUGGGGUCGAGGCAAUUAUGGAAGACUAGGACAUGGUUCUAGUGAAGAUCAGACCGUUCCUGUGCUGGUAACUGGGCUUAAGGGUCUUAAGGUUGUCGAUGUGUCUUGUGGUAGUGGAGAUGCACAGACUCUUGCAGUGACUGAGAAUGGUGAGGUAUGGUCUUGGGGAGAUGGAGACUAUGGGAAAUUAGGGAGAGGAGGUAGUGAUGGCUGCAAAACACCAAAACUUAUUGAGAAGCUACAAGACCUGGAUAUAGUAAAAGUGCGCUGUGGCAGUCAGUUUUCCAUUGCGAUCACCAAAGAUGGACAGGUGUACUCCUGGGGCAAAGGAGACAAUCAAAGACUUGGACAUGGGACAGAAGAACAUGUGCGAUACCCUAAAAUCUUGGAUGGUUUGCAAGGCAAAAAAGUGAUGGAUGUAGCAGUGGGUUCCACACAUUGCUUAGCCUUGACUGAAUCUGGUGAAGUGUACAGCUGGGGGAGCAAUGAUCAGUGCCAGCAUUUUGAUACCUUGCGCAUUGCAAAACCUGAGCCAUCAGCCCUUCCAGGAUUGGACUCCAAACAUAUUGUUGGAAUAUCAUGUGGCCCUGCACAGAGCUUUGCUUGGUCAUCUUGCUCUGAAUGGUCCAUCGGUCUGCGAGUGCCCUUUGUUGUGGAUGUUUGUUCCAUGACCUUUGAACAGCUUGACCUCUUGUUACGCCAGGUCAGUGAAGGCAUGGAUGGAAGCUCAGAUUGGCCUCCAGCUCAAGAAAAGGAAUGUAUGGCAGUAGCAACUCUCAACCUCCUAAGAUUACAGCUGCAUGCUGCCAUUAGCCACCAGGUGGAUCCAGAGUGUCUGGGCUUAGGUCUCGGAAGUGUUUUGUUAAACAGCUUGAAGCAGACAGUGGUUACAUUGGCUAGUAAUGCUGGGGUGCUAAACACUGUGCAGUCUGCUGCCCAAGCCGUGUUACAAAGUGGAUGGUCUGUUCUAUUACCAACAGCUGAAGAGAGAGCUAGAGCUUUGUCCGCCCUCCUCCCAAAUGCAGCCUCUGGAAAUGAAAUGACAGUAAGUCCUGGCCGCCGUUUUAUGAUUGAUCUGUUGGUGAGCAGUUUGAUGGCUGACGGAGGCCUAGAGUGUGCAUUAAAAACUGCAAUAACUGCAGAGAUUCAGGACAUAGAAGCCAAGAAGGAAGCUCAGAAAGAGAAAGAAAUUGAUGAACAAGAAGCGAAUGCUACAACACUGCACAGGAGCAGCACUCCACUGGACAAAGAUUUAAUUAAUACUGGCAUAUACGAGUCAGCGGGGAAGCAGACACUGCCUCUGGUACAACUCAUACAGCAGUUAUUGAGGAAUAUUGCUUCCCAAACAAUUGGUAAACUUAAAGAUAUGGCCCGGCGUCUUUCUUCCUGCAUGGAUCAAGAACUUUACAGUAAAGAGAGGUCAGCAUCUAUGGAUCUUCUGUUACGAUUUCAGAGAUUACUUGUCAGCAAGCUGUACCCUGGCAAUGGCAUGGAGCAAACGGGCAACACUUAUGCUCCUGAGCUGUUGGGAAUUGGAUCCUUGUUGAAAAAAUACAUUGCCCUGAUGUGCACACAUAUUGGAGAUAUACUUCCUGUUGCAACCAACAUUGCCUCAAUGUCUCACAGACAUUUUGCUGAAGUGUCACGUAUUGUUGCAGGUGACCUAACAGGUGUUCUCCUUCCAGAACUUGUUGUAUCCACAGUGCUACUCCUCUGUAAAAAUGCUUGGCUCAUGCAAGAGACUGGAGCAAUUCCUCUUCUCGCCAGUCUUCUAGAACCUCUUGAUAGAUUCAACCAUUUGGCCCCUGGAAGAGAGCGGGAUGAUAAUGAGGACCUAGCCUGGCCAGGAAUAAUGAACUCUUUUUUUAGUGGUCAGAGCUCUAGAAACAAUGAGGAGGUGACAUUGAUACGCAAAGCUGAUCUGGAGAACCACAACAAAGAUGGAGGUUUCUGGACUGUCAUAGAUGGCAAAGUUUAUGAUAUCAAAGAUUUUCAAGCACAGUCACUACAUGCAAACACUAUACUCGCUCACUUUGCUGGUGAGGAUCCGGUAGUUGCACUUGAAGCUGCUUUGCAGUUCGAGGACACCAGGGAGUCUAUGCAUGCCUUCUGUGUCGGUCAAUAUAUGGAGCCUGAUCAAGAAGUGAUUACUGCCCCCGACCUCAGCAGUUUGUCUUCCCCUCUCAUGGAUACUGAGAGAAAUCUGGGCCUUCUCCUUGGACUUCAUGCUUCCUACCUCUCACUAAGUACACCAUUGUCUCCUGUGGAGGUUGAAUGCGCAAAAUGGCUUAAGUCCUCCAUUUUUUCUGGGGGCCUGCAGACUAGUCAGAUUCACUACAGUUACAAUGAGGAGAAAGAUGAGGACCAUUGCAGUUACCCUGGAAAUACUACAACCAACAAAGCAAAACUUUAUUCCCAUCGCCUCUCACUGAGUGAUCAUUCUCAACCCUUCCUCCAAGCAAUUGCUGAUAACAAUAUUCAGGACCACAAUGUUAAGGACUUCCUGUGCCAGAUAGAAAGGCACUGUAAACAAUACCACUUGACCACACCAAUUACGUUUCCACCAGAACAUCCUGUGGAAGAAGUAGGACGUUUGCUGCUGUGUUGUCUCUUGAAACAUGAAGAUUUAGGCAAUGUAGCCAUUUCUCUGGUUCAUCAUGGGACUCUUAAUGUGGAUCAGAUAAAGCACAAGGCUUUGCCCAAAUCAGUUGUUGAUGUAUGUCGUGUUGUUUACCAGGCCAAAUGCUCACUCAUAAAGACCCAUCAAGAACAAGGGCGCUCUUACAAGGAAGUGUGUGCUCCUGUCAUUGAACGUCUGAGGUUUCUUUUCAAUGAACUCCGCCCUGCUGUGUGCAAUGACUUGUCCAUCCUAUCAAAGCUAAAACUUUUGAGUUCUGUGCCACGCUGGAAGAGAAUUGUUCAAAAGAUCAUACGCGAGAAAAGGAAAAACAAAGUAUCCAAAAAAUCAGAGGCUACAGAUUUGGAAGAUUCAAAAACUGUAAAUGAAGAAGGUGAAUUGGAGGAACCAUGUGUUGUUGCGUCCAGUCCGGUAUCUGUAGAUAAGAAACCCAUUGCUCUAAAAUCACCAAAGGAUAAAUGGCAGCCAAUCGUGAGCACAGUAACAGGCAUUCAUAAGUACAAAUGGCUAAAACAUAAUGUGCAAGGGUCAUAUCCACAGUCUUCACUACUGAGUACCAUUGUUGAAUUUGCACUAAAGGAAGAGCCAGUUGAUGUGGGAAAAAUAAGAAAGUGUUUGUUAAAACAGUUGGAAAGAGCAGAAGUUCGUCUGGAAGGUAUUGACACCAUGCUUAAACUGGCUUCAAAAACCUUUUUACUCCCAUCAGUGCAAUAUGCCAUGUUUUGUGGAUGGCAGAGAUUAGUCCCUGAAGGAACAAACUUAAGCGAGCCUCUGACUGACUGCUUAAAGGAUGUCGACCUUAUUCCUCCCUUUAAUCGAAUGCUUCUAGAAGUGACCUAUGGGAAGCUGUAUGCUUGGGCCAUUCAGAACAUUAGGAACAUAUUGCUUGAUGCCAAUAACCGGUUUGUUGAAAUGGGUGUCCAGCCUGUCCCUCUUCAGACAAUCACUCAUGAGAAUCCAUGUGGACCAAGCUUGGGGACCAUACCACAAGCACGCUUUUUGAUGGUGAUGUUAAAUAUGCUUACUCGCCAACAUGGAGCCAACAGCCUCAAUUUGCUUCUCAACUCUGGCAUGCUGGCACUGACACAGACCAUUCUUCGACUGGUUGGUCCUAGUUCUGAUAACUGUGAAGAAGAUGCCAGUACUUCUAUGUUGGGAGCCUCUGCCACGGUGCUGGAAGAGUCCAGAAAGGAGACCACACCUGUUCAACUUCCAGCCUCUGGCCCAGAAUUGGCAGCUAUGAUGAAAAUCGGGACCAGAGUAAUGAGAGGAGUGGACUGGAAAUGGGGAGACCAGGAUGGCCCUCCCCCUGGUUUGGGUCGUGUGAUUGGAGAACUUGGAGAGGAUGGCUGGAUUCGUGUUCAGUGGGAUACAGGAAGUACAAAUUCUUAUAGAAUGGGAAAGGAGGGAAAGUAUGACCUGAAACUCACAGAGCCCCCACCUGCUACGCAACCUAUGGCAGAAGACUCCGACACGGAAGAUGAUUCUGAGGGAGAACAUGUGGACCAGAAUCUACACCCAACUGCUAUGAUGUUGAUGUGCACAGUAAACCUGCUGCAGAACUUGUGCCUUUCAGCUGGCAUCAAUGCAGAGGUCAUGCAGAGUGAAGCCACUAGAACUCUGUGUGGCUUACUGCGCAUGUUAGUGGAAAGUGGCACCGUGAACAAGACAACUACCCCGUCCUGUAAGAUGGUGUACAAGGAGCAGCACAGAAACUGGUGCACGCUCGGAUUUAUUCGUAGCAUAGCCCUUAUGCCUCAGAUGUGCAGCACGCUCAGCAUGUCACAGUGGAUAUCGUUACUAAUGAAAAUCGUAGAGGGACCAGAAUCUUUUACUGCAGCUUCAUUACAGAGACAGAUUCUUGCAGUUCGACUGUUACAAGCUGUCCUUCCAUCAUGGGACAAAAAUGAAAGGUCAAGGGACAUGAAGCUACUUGUUGAAACACUGUUCGGCUUCCUUGGUAGCCUGCUGAGCACUUGCUCUUCUGAUAUCCCCCUCCUUCGAGAAUCAACAUUGAGGAGGAGAAAAGCACGGCCUCAAGCAUCUUUGACAGCCACUCACAGUAGCACUCUGGCAGAGGAGAUUGUUGCUUUACUGCGCACCCUUCAUUCACUGCAUCAAUGGAACAGCCUCAUCAAUAAAUACAUAAACUCACAGCUAAACUCUGUAACCAGCAUAUUUGAAGGAAAACGCAUUGAUAUGUCUGUUUUAGAAGAUUACUUCCCUGAUUCUGAGUGUCCUGAAGUUGGAAGUCUGAUGGCAGUACUUGCUGUCAUAGGUGGUAUAGACAGCCGGUUACGCUUGGGUGGUCAAGUUGUGCACGAUGAAUUUGGAGAGGGAACUGUUACCCGGAUUACGCCAAAAGGAAAAAUCACUGUACAAUUCCAUGAAAUGCGAAACAACCGUAUUUGUCCUUUGAAUCAGCUAAGCCCAUUGCCGGUGGUGCCAUUUAAUGUCAACAACCUGCCUUUUACCGAUCCGAUGCUGUCAGUGUGGGCACAGCUGGUGAACCUGGCAGGGUGCAAGCUAGACAAACACAAACUGAAGAAAUCUCUCAGUCAGGGGCUUGCAGACCAAGUGGAUCUGGACAGGUUGAGGUGUCAGCAAUUAAAGCUGUACAUACUAAAAGCUGGUUGGGCUCUUCUUUCACAUCAAGAUAGACUAAGACAGAUAUUAUCCCAGCCAUCUGUUCAGGAGCUUGGACUAAUUCCAUCUGAUGAGGGUGCUGCAGCUUCUCCUGAUAUUGGUGAUAUGUCUCCAGAGGGACCUCAGCCUCCUAUGAUACUUUUACAGCAAUUGUUAACCGCUGCUACUCAGCCGUCUCCUGUGAAAGCCAUCUUUGACAAACAGGAACUUGAGGCUGCGGCUCUGGCUGUUUGUCAGUUUUUGGCAGUGGAGUCCACCCAUCCAUCCACACCUCUGUUUGAGGACUUUUGCAGUUCAAGUGAGGUCUCUUCACCUGUCACAGUUCAGCAUAUCCGUCCACCUAAAGUUAAGAAACGCAAGCAAUCUCCCACUCCACCUGUUCCUAUUGUGGUUCAGCUAAUGGACAUGGGCUUUCAAAGGAAGAACAUUGAGUUUGCACUUAAAUCUCUGUCUGGAAUUUCCGGAACUGCAUCAAGCAGUCCAGGGGUUGAGGCUUUAGUUGGAUGGCUGGUGGAUCAUCCUGAAAUCCAGGUUACAGAGUUAUCUGACAUUGAGACUGCUUCUGAAGAAUCCGAUGAAGAGGUUGUGGAAGAAGUUGAAGAACUGGAGUCCGCAUAUCCAGUGACAAAUGGGGCAGUUGUGACAGAAAGCCAAACAUACAAGAAAAGAGCUUAUUUCCUAAGCAAUGAUGACUAUGCAGUGUAUGUGAGAGAGAAUAUACAGGUUGGUAUGAUGGUGCGUUGCUGCCGGACAUAUGAAGAAGUUUGUGAGGGUGAUGUAGGUAAAGUUAUAAAGUUGGAUCGCGAUGGACUACAUGACUUAAACGUUCAGUGUGACUGGCAGCAAAAAGGCGGAACGUACUGGGUGCGAUACAUCCAUGUAGAACUGCUAGGUUUCCCACCACAGAGUUCUCCUUCUCACAUCAAGAUUGGUGACAAAGUACGAGUGAAGGCCUCAGUUACUACACCAAAAUAUAAAUGGGGAUCUGUAACUCAUAGAAGCGUGGGGGUUGUGAAAGCGUUCAGUGCCAAUGGAAAAGAUGUGAUUGUAGAUUUUCCACAGCAGUCUCACUGGACAGGAUUGUUGUCGGAAAUGGAAUUGGUCCCAAGUAUUCAUCCUGGAGUAACCUGUGAUGGCUGUCAGAUGUUUCCUAUUCAUGGGUCCCGAUUCAAAUGCCGCAACUGUGAUGACUUUGAUUUUUGUGAAACCUGCUUUAAAAAUCGCAAACACAAUACACGCCAUACGUUUGGCAGAAUAAAUGAACCAGGCCAGUUACCAGUAUUUUGUGGUCGUUCUGGAAAACAACUUAAACGGCGUCAUAGUGGACAACGGGGAAUGUUAUUGGAUGAUUGGUCCAGGAUUGUGAAAAACUUGAAUGUGUCUUCAUCUGUAAAUCAAGCAUCAUGUCUUAUUGAUGGCAGUGAUCAGUGCUGGCAAUCUUCUGGAUCACAAGGAAAGCACUGGAUACGUUUGGAGAUCUUCCCUGAUGUUUUGGUCCACAGACUGAUGAUCAUUGUGGAUCCUGCUGACAGCAGUUACAUGCCUUCCCUGGUUGUUGUAUCAGGUGGAAAUUCACUGAACAACUUGAUAGAAUUAAAAACCAUCAAUAUAAAUCCAACAGAUAUGAGUGUGCUAAUUCUCAGUGACUGUACCGAGUAUCACCGGUAUAUAGAAAUUGCCAUAAAGCAGUGUCGAAGUUCUGGAAUAGAUUGUAAAAUUCAUGAGCUGAGCAUCAUUGGGCAAAUACGGGCAGAGGUCGAGGAUUUGGCCACGGUCCCUUUUCUAGCCUCUGAUAAUGAGGAAGAAGACGAUGAUAAAGUCAGUACUGGCAGUUUUGUGAGAAAAAAGGCUUCUGGUCUAGAAUCUACUGCAACAAUCAGGACUAAGGUGUUUGUAUGGGGUCUUAAUGACAAAGAUCAACUCGGAGGACUGAAGGGUUCCAAGAUCAAAAUACCUUCAUUUUCCGAGACACUUUCAGCUCUUAACGUUGUACAAGUUGCUGGUGGAUCGAAGAGCCUUUUUGCAGUAACUGCAGAGGGGAAAGUGUAUGCAUGUGGAGAGGCCACCAAUGGAAGAUUAGGUCUGGGUAUUUCUAGUGGGACAGUGCCCAUCCCUCGCCAAAUUACAGCACUCAGCAACUAUGUAGUGAAAAAGGUUGCUGUUCAUUCAGGUGGACGUCAUGCAAUGGCAUUAACAGUGGAUGGAAAGAUUUUCUCCUGGGGUGAAGGGGAUGAUGGGAAGCUUGGCCAUUUCAGCAGAAUGAACUGUGAUAAACCACGGCUAAUAGAAGCUCUGAAAACCAAGCGCAUCAGAGACAUUGCCUGUGGCAGUUCCCAUAGUGCUGCCAUUACGUCUAGUGGAGAGCUGUACACGUGGGGCCUUGGAGAAUAUGGCCGUCUAGGGCAUGGAGACAAUACUACACAGCUAAAACCUAAAAUGGUAAAAGUACUUGUGGGUCAUAGAGUGAUACAGGUCGCCUGUGGAAGUAGAGAUGCACAAACGCUGGCAUUGACAGAUGAGGGACUGGUGUUUUCAUGGGGUGAUGGAGACUUUGGUAAACUAGGCCGGGGAGGCAGUGAGGGCUGCAACAUCCCUCAGAACAUCGAGAGGCUCAAUGGACAGGCUGUUUGCCAGAUUGAAUGUGGAGCUCAGUUUUCUUUAGCUCUAACAAAGUCUGGAGUGGUGUGGACAUGGGGAAAAGGUGAUUACUUUCGACUUGGACAUGGAACUGAUGUCCACGUUAGAAAACCACAAGUCGUGGAAGGACUCAGAGGGAAAAAGAUUGUGCAUGUAGCUGUUGGUGCCCUUCACUGCCUUGCAGUGACCGACACAGGACAGGUCUAUGCAUGGGGUGACAAUGACCAUGGACAACAAGGCAAUGGAACAACUACUGUCAACAGAAAGCCCACUCUUGUCCAUGGCUUAGAAGGACAGAAAAUUACACGUGUGGCUUGUGGGUCCUCUCACAGUGUUGCUUGGACAACCGUUGAUGUGGCAACACCUUCUGUUCAUGAACCUGUCCUUUUCCAAACAGCCAGGGAUCCACUUGGAGCAUCAUAUCUUGGUGUUCCCUCAGAUUCAGAAACCUCAUCCUCCUCCAGCAACAAAAUCAGUGGUUUAAAUAAUCUGAAGCUGCACCGGCCAUCUCUUGCCAAGAUACUUCUGUCCAUUGAUGGUAACCUUGCCAAACAGCAAGCACUCUCUCACAUACUCACAGCUCUGCAGAUCAUGUAUGCAAGGGAUGCCGUGGUUGGAGCAUUGAUGCCAGCCAGUAUGAUUGCACCAGUAGAGUGUCCAUCUUUAUCCACUGCUCCUCUGUCAGAUAUGUCUGGAACCUCCAGCCCUGUUAACAGCGAUGAUGUGGGAUUGGCUAUGGAUUUAGAGGACAGAUUAAGUCCAAGUCCCUGGCAAGACCGUCGGGGAGAGGUGACAUCAGAAGAUGCAGUUACUCCUGCUGUAACUCCCUCUGCUUCUGCAGCCUCAUCUCGCCCUUUCAUUCCAGUCACUGAUGAUCCUGGAGCAGCAAGUAUCAUUGCAGAGACUAUGACCAAAACCAAAGAGGAUGUGGAAAGCCAAAGCAAAGUAUCUGGCCCCGAGCCUCAGUGCUUGGAUGAAUUCACAAGUUUGCUUAUCCCAGAUGACACACGAGUCAUGGUUGACCUUCUGAAACUAGCCGUCUCAAACAGGGCUGGCGAGAAGGGGAAAGAUGUCCUCUCAGCGGUGUUAUCUGGUAUGGGCACAGCUUAUCCACAGGUGGCAGACAUGUUACUAGAGCUUUGUGUGACUGAACUAGAAGAUGUAGCCACGGAUUCUCAGAGUGGGCGCCUCUCCUCACAGCCUGUUGUGGUAGAAAGCAGCCACCCAUAUACAGAUGAUACUUCUACAAGUGGGACAGUGAAAAUACCAGGUGCUGAGGGUCUUAGAGUAGAAUUUGAUCGCCAGUGUUCUACAGAGCGGCGUCAUGACCCACUCACAAUUAUGGAUGGGGCGAACAGGAUAGUUUCAGUCCGAUCAGGGCGUGAGUGGUCUGACUGGUCCAGUGAGCUGCGAAUUCCAGGUGAUGAAUUGAAGUGGAAGUUUAUUAGUGAUGGAUCAGUCAAUGGUUGGGGAUGGCGCUUCACUGUUUACCCUAUAAUGCCUGCUGCAGGACCAAAAGACCUUCUUUCGGAUCGAUGCAUUCUUUCAUGCCCAUCCAUGGACCUAGUCACCUGUUUGCUUGAUUUCAGACUGAACUUUGCUUCCAACAGAAGCAUUGUUCCACGUCUUGCUGCUUCUCUUGCAGCUUGUGCACAGCUAAGUGCUCUGGCGGCAGGUCACAGAAUGUGGGCCCUUCAGAGACUGCGAAAACUCCUUACCACUGAAUUUGGACAGUCAAUAAACAUCAAUAGGCUCUUGGGUGAUGCAGAUACAGACGCUCGAGCACUGAGCUUUACUGGAAGUGCUUUAGCGGCUCUGGUCAAAGGCCUCCCUGAGGCUUUACAGAGGCAAUUUGAAUAUGAAGAUCCGAUUGUAAGGGGGGGGAAGCAGUUACUUCACAGUCCAUUCUUUAAGGUGUUGGUGGCUCUUGCCUGUGACCUUGAAUUGGAUACUCUGCCAUGUUGUGCAGAGACCCACAAAUGGGCAUGGUUCAGACGAUACUGCGUGGCUUCCAGGGUUGCUGUUUCACUUGACAAGAGAACACCUCUUCCUCGUCUCUUUCUAGAUGAGGUUGCCAAGAAAAUACGUGAACUAAUGGCUGAUAAUGAAAACAUGAAUUCCAUCCAUGAGAGUCAUGAGGUGUUCAAAAGAGAACAAGACGAACAGCUUGUCCAAUGGAUGAAUAGACGUUCAGAUGAUUGGACUCUGUCAGCUGGGGGAAGUGGAACAAUCUAUGGCUGGGGCCACAAUCACAGAGGCCAACUUGGAGGCAUUGAAGGUGCAAAAGUCAAAGUUCCAACACCAUGUGAAGCUUUAGCAACUCUAAGACCGAUACAGUUAAUAGGUGGUGAACAAACCCUGUUUGCUGUUACAGCUGAUGGGAAGCUGUAUGCCACUGGAUAUGGAGCUGGAGGAAGACUAGGAAUCGGUGGCACUGAAUCUGUGUCAACACCUACACUGCUGGAGUCCAUUCAGCAUGUCUUUAUAAAGAAGGUGGCUGUGAACUCUGGUGGAAAGCACUGUCUGGCACUUUCCUCAGAAGGAGAGGUAUAUUCUUGGGGAGAGGCAGAAGAUGGAAAACUAGGCCAUGGAAAUAGAAGCUCCUGUGAUCGCCCCCGUGUUAUUGAAUCUUUGAGGGGGACAGAAGUGAUAGACAUUGCUGCUGGAGGAGCACAUAGCGCUUGUAUCACUGCAGCGGGAGAACUGUAUACCUGGGGAAAAGGAAGAUAUGGUCGACUUGGUCAUGGAGACAGUGAGGAUCAGUUAAAACCUAAACUGGUGGAAGCUCUUCAGGGAUACAGAGUUAUCGAUAUAGCCUGUGGCAGUGGAGAUGCGCAGACUCUUAGCUUGACUGAUGAUGAUACAGUGUGGUCUUGGGGAGAUGGAGACUAUGGAAAGCUGGGAAGAGGUGGCAGUGAUGGCUGCAAAGUACCCAUGAAAAUUGAUUCGCUAACUGGGCUGGGUGUGACAAAAGUGGAAUGUGGUUCUCAGUUUUCCGUUGCCUUGACGAAGUCUGGUGCUGUAUAUACAUGGGGCAAAGGAGAUUAUCAUAGAUUGGGUCAUGGCUCUGAUGAUCAUGUGAGGCGGCCACGGCAAGUUCAGGGUCUCCAAGGGAAGAAGGUCAUCGCCAUUGCUACUGGAUCAUUACAUUGCGUGUGCUGCACUGAAGAUGGUGAAGUUUAUACAUGGGGUGACAAUGAUGAAGGACAGCUUGGAGAUGGAACCACCAAUGCCAUUCAAAGACCUAGAUUAGUCGCUGCUCUUCAGGGCAAAAAAAUUAACAGGGUUGCAUGUGGAUCAGCACACACAUUGGCGUGGUCUACCAGUAAACCAGCCAAUGCAGGCAAACUGCCUACACAGGUUCCCAUGGAAUAUAACCACCUCCAAGAGAUCAUGAUUAUUGGUUUGAGGAACAGAUUGCUAUUACUGCACCAUAUUUCUGAACUGUUUUGUCCAUGUAUCCCCAUGUUUGACUUGGAGGGCCGACUUUAUGAGAACGGACAGGGUCCAUCUGUUGGGUUUGACACAUUACGUGGAAUUCUUAUUUCUCAAGGAAAGGAGGCUGCUUUCCGUAAAGUUGUCCAAGCUACAAUGGUGAGAGACAGACAGCAUGGACCAGUGGUGGAAUUAAAUCGUAUACAGGUUAAACGUUCACGGAGCAAAGGAGGCUUGGCAGGACCAGAUGGUACCAAAUCUGUUUUUGGCCAGAUGUGCGCAAAAAUGACUUCAUUCAGCCCAGACAGCCUCUUGCUACCGCAUCGUGUUUGGAAAGUCAAGUUUGUUGGAGAAUCUGUGGAUGAUUGUGGAGGGGGCUACAGCGAGUCCAUUGCAGAAAUGUGUGAGGAGCUUCAGAAUGGAUUGACGCCCCUUCUUAUUGUUACCCCGAAUGGUCGAGAUGAGUCUGGUGCAAACAGAGACUGCUUCCUUCUAAACCCAGCAGCUAAAUCCACACUACAUAUGAAUAUGUUCAGGUUUCUGGGUGUACUUCUUGGAAUUGCUAUUCGAACUGGAAGUCCUUUGAGUCUUAAUCUUGCUGAACCAGUAUGGAAACAGCUGGCCGGCAUGAAUCUAACAAUUGCAGACCUAAGUGAAGUGGAUAAAGAUUUUAUUCCUGGACUCAUGUACAUACGAGACAACGAGGCCACCUCAGAAGAAUUUGAAGCAAUGAUUCUUCCAUUUACUGUUCCAAGUGCAAGUGGUCAGGACAUACAGUUGAGCUCCAAACACAUCCACAUUACACUCGACAAUCGGGCAGAAUAUGUUAGACUUGCCAUCAGCUACAGGUUACAUGAGUUUGAUGAGCAGGUUGCUGCAGUUCGAGAAGGAAUGGCACGAGUUGUACCUGUUCCUCUACUUUCACUUUUUACUGGAUAUGAACUGGAAACUAUGGUGUGUGGGAGCCCAGAUAUUCCCCUUCAUUUGCUGAAAUCUGUAGCCACGUACAAGGGAAUUGAGCCCACAGCAUCCCUCAUCCAGUGGUUUUGGGAAGUGAUGGAGUCUUUCUCAAACACAGAAAGGUCCCUGUUCCUUAGAUUUGUGUGGGGUAGGACCAGGCUACCUCGGACCAUAGCAGACUUCAGAGGCAGAGACUUUGUCAUACAGGUUUUGGACAAGUACAACCCUCCAGAUCAUUUCCUUCCAGAAUCCUACACUUGCUUCUUUCUGCUGAAGCUUCCCCGAUAUUCCUGCAAGCAGGUACUGGAGGAGAAGUUAAAAUACGCUAUUCAUUUCUGCAAGUCUAUAGACACUGACGACUAUGCAAGAAUUGCACUAACUGGCGAACCCGCAGCAGAUGACAGCAGUGACGACUCGGACAAUGAAGAUGCAGAUUCAUUUGCUUCAGACUCCACACAGGACUACCUAACGGGACACUAAAAGAGAUGAAGCUGCAGGUUCCGGGCAAAGCAUGUGUCCUUUAUGCACUGAGAACUCAAGCAUUAGAAGGGAAACCGGAAAUCCAAAGUUAGCUGUAGACUUUACAAGACCACAGAGAGAGACUUCUAUAACUUUUUACAUUGUAUUCGAAGAGAUGAGUGUGUGCCUGUUUCUUGUGACACUACACUGCACUUCUAUUGUGUCUUAUUAAAUGUGUUGUAAAUGUUUGUAUAAAAAAAGUGCAGUGUCAAAGGCAAAAUAGGGCAGCAGAGCCUUUUACAUGUGAGUGCAAUAGUUCCAUGCCCGACUGUUUAGUGUUGUGUUGUGUGUUUUCUUUAUGGUUGAUUAUUACAGUACUGUGCAGAACAGGAUAGUAUUAAUCAUUUCCAUUUCAUUUGGCUACCUUCCUGCCUACUAAAACAUGUUUUCAAAGGAUUUUAUCAGUAUUCCAGAAAGCAUUACAUGUGCAUUUGAUAUAAGGGAUGUUUUUUUUUUGUUUUUUUUUUCUUAACACUAGUCCUGGUUGUAUAUUUAGCUCCUUCCUUAUGCAUUAUAUGCAGUCCUGCAGAUGUCAUUACUUUUCACAGAAAGUGUAUAUAACUGACUAGUGCCACUAUAUAUGCAAAACCAUUUCUCUCGGAAUAAAAUGUCACAAACAUUUGGCUGUAUUCUUGGUGGGUUUUGAAAUCUGGCUUCUAGACUUUUUUUAAAUGUCCAUUAUGAAACUUGAUUUUAGUGUUUAAACAAUGCCUACAUUUUAACAAAAUAUCUUGUAACUUUUUUUUUUGUAGCUUUAUGUAAUCAAGAAAACAUUUGCCGUUUUGAAGUUAUUUUAGUAAAGCCAUGUAAAGUAAAUAACUUUUAAGGUGAUGUACAGUUAAUGAAACAUUAAAGUUAUGCAGUAUAGCAUUA